GCUGCUCCAGGCACCCUGGAAGGGAAGGCUAUGCCACAGGGCACAGCGGCUGGGUUCCUCCCUCCUCCUCCUGCCCUGAAUCUCCCUCAAGUCUCCUAACAAACACUACGUUCAACAUGCAAAGAAAGGGCACCCUUGCUGGGGACUGUUUGUUGCUAUUGUUGCUCCAUUUGGAACUGUGACCCCCGAGUCUGGCACAGCCUCCCCACACAUCCUGGAGGAAGCAGCAUGGCCUAGUUGGCACCUCACCAGCCCAGUCAGUUCCCAGGCUCCUCCCCCGGCCCAAACUUUAAAAGCAUCCCAGGGCCCCAGAACACCAUCCGACACUUGCCUGCUGCCCAGCACCCACCUGCCACCUGCCGCCUGCCGCCAUGCGCUGUCUUAUUAGCCUGGCCCUGGGCCUGCUCGCCCUGGAGGCAGCCCUCGCCCUGGCCCCUGAAUCCAAGGCUCCAGUGCAGGCCAUGUGUCCUGAACCCAGACCCUCUGAGGAGACGACCUGCACCCCAACUUGUCACAACGAUGAAGACUGUCCGGGCAAUGCCAUGUGCUGCCCCAGUGCCUGCGGCCCCUCCUGCAGACCCCCCAUCAUUGUCCCUGUCUCCAAGAUCGGCCGCUGCCCCUGGGUACGGGCACCUCUAUUCCCCCACCUGUGCAUGGAGAAGGACGAGUGCUCCAACGACAGCCAGUGCAGCAGCAAGAAGAAAUGCUGCCUCAGCCGCUGUGCCAUGCGGUGCCUGGACCCCGUCGCAGAACACCGCCGCCUCCAGCCCGCCAUCUGGGCUCCUGACCACGGCGCCUCCCGCGCUCCCAACGAUCCCUCCACGACCGGCCUGCUCGGCCAAGAUGGCGACGGCAGGAGCAGGGCGGCACCCGGCGGGCCCCGCUUCCGGCGGCCUCCUGAUGACGUCCGGGCGCGCCGCGCGGCGAACCCGGGGACAGAGCGGACGCCGCAUGGAGCCCAGCUUCCGGACCUGGCGUCCCCGCCCGACUGGGACGGUUCUCCGACGCGCCUCCCUGGGCCCCGCUGCCGGCGAAGUCCCCGAUGA